AUGCCCAAAGCGAAGAAUCAAUCUGAAAUCGCCGAGGUAUCGGUGAAAAUUGAUGAGGUUUCAAUGGAAGUUAAAGACAAGAUGAACAUUGAAGAGGGUAUGGAGGAAAAUGUUGUGGUGAUGCCGUUUCUGGAGCCAGAGGUGGAGAAUAGUUUAUCCUUCAUGUCUGUGAAGAUGGUGACGGAUGGGGUUUGUGCACAGUGGUGUCAGUGCAGUGGUGGUGGCAUGCGUUGCAGUGGAUGGCGGAGGCUUGCGUUUCAAUGGGUUCAUUAUAAUGGUUGCAGUGGGCUUGUUGCAGUGUAG